GUACCUUGUCGCGCAUGACAUCCUCCAUGGGUGUUUUAGAAGCCAUUCUGGUCGAGACGGAGAAGAGGCGGCGCGAUAGCAGGCCUGGGAGUGUACGGGGGAGCAUUGGAGGACUGCGCGUGUAGCAGAUGUAAGGUCGAGGGUGAGGCCGUCUAGAGGAAGUGCGGCGAGUGUAACGGAAGUGAGAACGUCGGAGCCGUUUGGAGGGCUUCCCGCGGAAGUUUAUCCGCAUGACAUCAACUACCUUUUGUCUUUGACUCCAAUUGUUGUCUCUACAGUGUUGGACGGACUUGACACGGAAGUAUGAUCUGAUAUUAUUCUAACGGGUAAAGAUAGGAUAGGGAUUUGUUACUGAAUUACCAUCAUGUCCGGCCGCAAUUUGGUCUUGAGGCUCGCACGCCCGCGUCUGCGCGUGAGCUCUGCGCGCCUGAUUCCCUCGGCUCAAGUGUUGCAUACGAGGUUAUUUUCAACGGCGAAGAGACUACUCACCUCGCUGCCUGAUACCCACAUCUUCCGUGCAAUUCGAGACCACGAUCCAGCCAGUUUGGCGGUGCUGCAUAGCUUGUCGGGCCGGUCGUUCACAUACGGAAACCUGACUGCCGAUGUCCUCCGCGCAAAAGAAGAUCUCGAGCAGAAGGCCGGCAAUAUCAAGGGGAAGUUGGCUGGAGAGCGAGUGGCCUUUAUGGCAGAGAAUAGCUAUGACUAUGUUGUCAUGCUGCUGGCCAUCUUUGGAUGCGAUGCCAUUGCUCUGCCACUGUCCCCGUCUUUUCCCACGGGGGAAUUGCAGUAUAUUCUCGAUAAUUCGGCGGCCAAGGUCUUUCUAGCUACGGAGAAGUAUGCUGACAAGGCACAAGGAGUUCUCCAGGCGGGCUUGCAGCAUGAUCCCCUGUUUGAUAUCAGACAGAAGCUUGUCGUGGGGGCUUCUGGAAGUGAAAUCGUUCCGUUGGAAAAGUCAAAAGGCUCGAGUGAGCUAUCUGCCGGUGGCAUGAUGCUAUAUACGUCUGGUACGACGAAUCGUCCGAAAGGAGUAUUCAUCCCCGAGUCAGCACUCACCGCACAAGCGACUUCCCUCUUACAGGCAUGGGAAUACUCUCCACAUGACCGACUACUCCACCUCCUCCCUCUACACCACAUCCACGGCGUCGUCAACGCGAUCAUCACACCCCUCUUCGCCGGCUCCUCAAUCGAGUUCAUGUACCCUUUCAACACAGAUCAAGUCUGGAACCGGCUCGCAGCACCAUUCCUCCCACAAACCAGUUCCAAAAGCCCACACAAGUCCAAAAUCACCUUCCUCACAGCCGUACCAACAGUCUACAACCGCCUCCGAGCAAGUUUCUCCUCCCUGUCCUCGGAACUCCAAGAAGCCGCUCGAAAGGGUAUAUCCCCAGAGAAUCUCCGUUUAAACAUCUCCGGCUCUGCGGCUCUACCGACCCCUACCAAAGCAGCGUGGCAAACCCUUAGCAACGGCAACGUCCUCCUCGAACGGUUUGGAAUGACCGAAGUCGGCAUGGCGCUCAGCUGCGGUCUCGAUUUCGCAGAUCGCGUCGAUGGAAGUGUUGGCUGGCCUUUACCACAGGUAGAAGCUCGCCUCGUGGAUACGGAGACGAACGAAGUCAUCCCGCUAGGCAAGGAAAUCGACGCCAACGGCCGCGAGCGCGUCGGCGAGAUUCAACUGCGUGGGCCAACUAUCUUCCGCGAGUACUUCGGUAACAAAAAAGCCACGCGGGAGAGUUUCGUAGACGGCGGCGAUGGCGGCGGUCACUGGUUCUGCACUGGCGAUGUCGCGACGAGACGCGUUGUACAGGGCGCCGGCAAGGGGACGAGCGGCGAAUGGGCCCGCGGUCCCAUGUAUUUUAUCCAGGGCCGUAAGAGUGUCGAUAUCAUCAAGACGGGUGGCGAGAAAGUCAGCGCGUUGGAAGUUGAGCGCGAGUUACUGUCUCUUCCUCAAAUCGCCGAGGCAGCUGUCGUAGGCCUCCCGUCCGAACAAUGGGGCAGCAAAGUCGCCGCCGUCGUAGUCUUACAUCCCGAUGCGCAUACCACCGGGCGCAACGGCAAGGCCUGGGGCCCGAUGGAUAUGCGUCGUGCAUUGAAGGAUCGAUUAGCUGGAUAUAAGAUUCCACAGGAGAUGAAGGUUCUGGAUGCGAUUCCGCGGAAUGCGAUGGGCAAGGUGAAUAAAAAGGCAUUGGUGAAACAGGUCUUUGAUAUUUAGGAUGUGCAUCGGGAGAGAGAGGAGAUGUUUUAUACUUACUUGAUAGAACUUUCAUGGUUGGGCUUGGAUCUUCUCUUCUCUUCUAAUCUCCAGGGAUUUGUGUCAAUAGGUAGAUUUCUGUGUAUGUAUCAACAUUUUCAACCUUUCAAAGUCCGAAUCACUGUAGACCUGCGAGGUUGAGAUACAUCUCAAAUGUUUAUCGAGGCUAUACGUCAAAUACCAUACAAGAGAACGCUUAC